AUGCGCACCCGCUCUCAGUCCACCCCAUCCCGUCCUCGCGCACUUAGCGUCGGGGCGACUCAUGCCGCGAAGGAGCGCUCUCUGAAUCCUAUCCCCGCGCCUGUGUCUUCGACCGUAAGCUCUCUCCUCAGCUCCCGGCCCCCUCCCGCGCAUACAUCCACUCCCCUCGCCGUCCCGACCCCCGUGACGCCGUCCAAGAAGCCCGUUGAACCCCCCUUGCGCUCCACGUCAACCAAGCGGAAGCUCUUCCGACUCAAGCGGCCUUCCGCGCCAUUGCCAUCGCACCCGCCGCCCAUGUCGCCCGGGUUCUCGCACGCGCCCCCGCCCCCGCCCCCGCCCCGACCGCCGCGAAACCCUGCGCGUGCGCACCCAGCCCGUCCGUCGUCACCCUCCAGACCUCAAACACAGGAUCGGAGCCCUCCUGCGCCGCGGCCCUCACGCAUCGCGCAGCACGAGCCCACGCCUCCUGGCGACAUUGCAGACGCGGAGGACUGGGUCUUCCCCCUGCCGAAGGGCUCCGAGUUCCCGUUGCAGCGCAAGAAGAGCAAGACGAGCCGGUGCGAGCCCAGCAGGCUCAUGGUGGACGAGUCCGCGCGGAACGACGCGCCGUUUUCCACCGUCGACCGGACGAUCCUCGCCGAGCUGCGCCAGAAGAUCCGCGCGCGCGAAGCCCAAUUCGUCGUGCGCGGAGGGAAGAAGUACCACGCCUGUCGUCCGGACGAGGUUCCCUACCCUCGUAGCUAUGACCGACAAGUGGUGGACAUGGACGUGUGGGACAACCUGUGGCAGCGGCAGCUCGGGGGGAGUGUCACGAUGCAUACGUUUGAAACAUCGCCGGCCAGGGUGCUGAUCGGCACACGCGGGGAAGGAACUGGGACAUGGAUUCUGCACGCUGCUAGGGAAUGGAAGGAUUCCCACUUUGUUGGCUUGGACGUCGUACCAUUACACCCGGACCUCCUGCAGAUCGGCUCUUUUGACCUUGCGGCCCGCAUAACGUGGGUUCAGGCGAACUUCCUAGAACGACUGCCCUUUCCGAACGAGGAAUUUGACUACGUGCGAGUUGUCCGCGUUGGUCGAGGCGUUCCUGAAGAUAAAUGGGACACGUUGCUGGAGGAAAUAACACGUGUGAUGAAACCUGGUGGCGCAUUUGAGAUGUUGGAAGAGAACCUUCACUUCCCCGGCAGUCGCAUUGAGAGCGCCUCUAUCAUCGACACCUCUGACCCCCCACAGCCUCCAACGCCGCCACGGACAGACUCAUCGCAUUCCUCCGAGCAAGAGCGACAUCACCUUCAUUACCCUCAUCCACACCCAUCAAGCCCGUACGCUCAGCCCUCGAGCUCUAUGGCGUUGAGCUACUCUUACGAAGACAUCACGAAAAUGCGACGCUCGCAGCAGGAAGAGUAUCGUCCUUCGCUGCAUUCUAUCUCUUCUUCCCCCGACGUGUCAAAGACACAGAUGCCUCCGCGCUCUCGUACUACGACACUGGAACGACCCCCAACGAACCCUCACGACCACUCGCUUAUAGAGAUGAUAUAUAACGAGAUGCACUCUGCGCGCUUCGUCAACACCGAGCCUGUUUCUCUACUUGCUAAUCUGCUUCCGUUGCACUUCAGAAAUGUCAGAUCACCUCCCCCUAUCCUCAUCCCGUUCCCGUCUACUCCCGAGUCCCGACCUCGCUCCAUAGAUGGGCUCCCUCGAUCUUCACCAGAUGCGGUCCCGCAACGCCGGUCCAGGGCUAGCUUCACUGAGUCCGAAGACGACGAUUACUUUCAGAGUGCGAAGCGUCUCAGCAACUCCCCUCAUGCACCGCUCUUGCAUGCCUCCGACAUCGCUUUGGGCAGUCUCAUCACACUCGACAUCAACCGAUAUAGCGGCUUCUCUCCCACUGUUGUCCGCCAUUCAACGCUACCGGUUUCUGUGCAUCCGAAUGGCUCUGAUCCAAUCAGCAUGUCUCCCCCCAAUGGUCCCGCUUCACCUCCAAACGGCCUGGGUGCCGGACUGGGAAGCCCGUCAACGGCGUCGCGGCGGUUAUCCGCGUUAGACGCGAGUCGGAACCCUCUACCAAACCAGACAGUCAACUUCGACCCGCGCACGCUCAAUCUGCAUCUGGCCCUCAGGGUCAGCGAGGUGCUCGCGUGCGCCGAGCCGAUGUGGGACUGGGUGGUGGACUUCCAGGAGUGCGAAGUGCGGCCCGGGAAACACACGCAGCAGAUACGGGACGCGUCCGUCUCGAGUCGCGGUCUACGACGGCGGCACCCGAUGCAGGCGGAGCUGAUGGCGUUGACGAGGAUGGAGUUCGACGCACUGCUGACGCGCUUUGACCUCGAUAUGAAGACACAGAUGCACCUUGGUGCCGCGCUGGAGGACCGUCUCGGCUGGCCACUGUACCCCAUCUCGUCGCACUCUUCCGAGGACCGCGAUACAUAUGAGGCCAUGUGCGCCGUCUGGGACGCGUACCAA